AUUGCAUUCAAAAUACUUCCUUUGUCUCUCUGUAAAGGCAUUUCGUUGGAAUUCCGUUUCGCUUGAUGUCUUUUCGUUUAUACACAUUUUUUUCUUGUUCUUUUGGAAUGAGAAUAUAAUAUUUUUCGUAUCGAAAAGUUAGCAGAGUAUAUAAUAGUCAGGUAACAGACUAAAUGGCCUUUGCUAAAAUAAAAAAAACAAAAACAACUGUGAUAAGAGCUGUGAUAAUAUACGAUUAAUUUUAAAGAAUUCAUUUCCCUUAGUAACAAGCAGUUUCAGCUGUAUGACUUCUUUAAUUUGAGAAUGGGUUCUGUGCUUGCAAUAAGUAAUUUUUUUCGAAAUACAUCAAGGGCACUAAUCAGGAAGCUUAGGAGCAUUCUUCAGAGCCUUUACAAUUGCCACUACUUAAAAUGUCUUUGCUAUUAUGCAGUAUCAGAGAAUAUGACAGAACACGUGUCAUCGUCUCAAAGCCCUGACUCUGAACAGACGAGAGUCUUAACUUUAAACAAUGGAGAACAUCUUGAUGGUAUACUGUAUAGAUUAAGAAAAGGAUGGAGAGUGGAGUUUCGAUUAGGUUCUUCUCUGCUUGGGAAGACACUUGAUUUAUUCAUAAAUCAUCCUUUAGGAGAAAAUCAAAAAUUCGAAAGACGUACAUAUUAUCCACUGGAAUGGACAAAUGAAACGGCUAGCAUAUGUUUAUCUCUAGCUGGUUCAUUCCAUUACUAUCUUACGGAUCCUAAUUCUGACGGUGUAAAACCAAUUGCUUCUGGGUACUUACUAGUUGAUCCAGAUCUUAAAUUUGGUGACCAUGGAGAAAUCUUACCGUUAGAUUGUAUCCAGUGUCAAACUGUUCUGGCAAAAUGUUUAGGACCUUUUUCCACAUGGGAAGAUAAGCUUUUAGUAGGUCGGAAUUCUGGGUAUAAUGUGAUCCAUUUUACACCGAUUCAGGAAUUGGGAUACUCAAAAUCAUCUUAUAGCCUUAGUGAUCAAUUGAAAUUGAACCCCUCCUUUAACGAUGAUGAUAAGUCAGUUACAUACGACGACAUCGAAGGACUUACUAAUAAAAUGCGUAACGAAUGGAAUAUGUUGAGUAUAUGUGACAUUGUCCUGAAUCACACAGCGAACGAGAGUCCUUUCUUAGUGUCUCAUCCAGAAUGUACAUAUAAUUGUUCGAAUAGUCCUCAUCUACGUCCUGCAUAUAUUUUGGAUGCAGCAUUAUUUGAAUUGACGGUACAAGUGGCAGCUGGAGAAUGGGAAUUUAAGGGCAUUCCUUGUGUAGUUGAAACCGAAGACCACCUAAAUUCGAUUCGUCAUGCACUUCAUACAUACUUUUUACCGCUCGUGAAAAUACAUGAACUAUACGUAGUGGACAUCAACGAAACCAUCGCUGAGUUUUUGAGCUUGGCACGAAAUGAAAUGCCUCAGGAUAUUAUCGAACCAAUAUUGGAGGACGUUAAGGUGAUACAAGAUCCAAAAUUCCGCAGAUUAAAGGCAACUAUAAAUAUGCAGCUUGCGUUACAAAAAUAUAAUAUAUACAGAGCUGAUUGUUUCGACGAGGAGACUCGUUUAAAACGUUGUGCGGAGGACUUGAGGAAAAAGUUACAGGAGCUUAAUGAUGUGAUUGUUAACGAAGUACAAAAUCAUUUGAACGCUGCGAUUGAGAAUACAGUCGCUGGUAUAAGAUACUUUAGAGUGCAACAUGAUGGACCAAGGCUCAAAGAAAUAAGCGAAAGAAACCCACUUGUUCCUAGAUAUUUCACUGAUUAUGGGACGCCUCAAACAUUAACGGAAAGAGAAGCAACAAUGUACUCAGACGCAGGAUGCUAUCUCAUGGUUCAUAAUGGAUGGGUCAUGAAUGGUGAUCCUCUGAAGAAUUUUGCCGAUCCAGAUUCAAAUGUCUAUGUAAGAAGAGAGCUGAUUGCCUGGGGUGACAGUGUAAAAUUAAGAUAUGGAGAUAAACCAGAAGAUUGUCCGUUCUUAUGGCAACACAUGACCACUUAUGUCGAGCAGACAGCUAAAAUAUUCGACGGUAUACGUUUGGACAACUGCCAUUCAACGCCUAUUCCAGUUGCAGAGUAUAUGCUCGAUGUUGCCCGUCGGGUCCGUCCAGAUUUGUACGUGGUUGCAGAGUUAUUCACUAAUUCUGAUCAAAAAGAUAAUAUUUUUGUGAAUCGUCUCGGCAUCACCUCUCUAAUUCGGGAAGCCAUGUCUGCAUGGGACAGUCACGAGGAAGGCCGAUUGGUGUACAGAUACGGAGGUGAACCGGUCGGAGCAUUCUUGCAGCCACGUAAACGGCCUUUGGUACCGAGCAUAGCACACGCGCUUUUCUUAGAUUUAACUCAUGACAAUCCCAGCCCCGUGGAAAAGCGUAGUGCAUUUGACUUACUUCCGAGUGCUGCGCUUGUAUCGAUGGCAGCGUGUGCCAGUGGCAGCAACCGUGGAUAUGAUGAACUAGUUCCUCAUCAUAUACACGUAGUAGAUGAAACAAGACAAUAUGCUUCCUGGACAGAUGACGAAGAUCUGGUGGAUGGUGUUGGGCUUGUAGGUCUGAAGACCGGUAUAAUUGCAGGGAAGAAAGCGUUGAAUGAAUUGCAUUAUACUCUUGGACAACAGAAGUUUUCUCAAGUUUUCGUUGACCAAAUGGACACUGAUGUGGUAGCUGUGACAAGACACUCCCCUACGACACACGAUAGUGUAGUUUUAGUUGCCUUCACAGCUUUCAAACAUCCAGAUCCUAAUGCUAAUGAUUUGAGACGACACGUCAAACCGUUGCGUGUAGAAGGUGUGGUGGAGGAAAUCAUUUUAGAAGCAUCUCUAUCUCAUACGGGAGUAAAGAAUGGAACUUCGCCUUUUCAUUAUCCAGAGAAAUAUACGCGCGAUGAAACUUACAUAAACGGUCUGUUUGAAUAUGUGUUAAGUUUGAAGGAGCAUAUACAAAUUUGCGAUUCAGAAGUAUUUGAGAAAGUCGAUUCUGGAGACCCGAAGAUCACUCAACUGAAUUUCGUAAACUUCCAACCGGGCUCCAUCAUCGCUAUUCGUGUAUCACUUCAUGCCAAUAUAAAGCCUGCUCUUGCAAAACUGCACAACACUAUCUCAAUAAUAACAUCGUCGAAGAGCUCUGAUUUACGCGUCGUAGCUUCUCGUAUGGAUUUAGUGGAUUUAAAUAAGGCUUUGUACAGGUGUGAUCAAGAGGAACGCGAUGAAACUUCAAACCGAUUCGGCGUGUAUGAUAUUCCUGGAUACGGGCCACUUGUUUAUGCAGGAUUGCAAGGCAUUAUUUCUCUAUUAGCGGAUAUUCGUCCAAAUAACGAUUUAGGUCAUCCAAUGUGUAUUAAUCUCAGACAGGGUAAUUGGAUGAUAGACUACACGUGGCAGCGACUAAAAGAAGACGAUGGAACUAGAGCUCUUGGAGAAUGGCUGGAAGAAGCCACUGAACCAUUUAAACUAAUACCUCGGUAUUUAGUACCUAGUUACUUUGAUGUCAUAGUUGUAAAUGCUUAUAUGAUUCUCCUGGAACAGUCCUACAGCUUAAUGUCAAGCUUCGUGAAGGAUGGCUCCACUUUCAUCAAAAUGCUAUCGCUAAUUUCAAUACAAAUGGGAGGCGUGGUAAAAUCAUCUCCGUUACCGGAUCUGUCGCCCAAUUUAGAUUCUCCAAAGCCAACGAUUAAACAAUAUAACGGAGAAAGUGAACAGAUAUGCGUAACAUUAUCCGCUGGUUUGCCACACUUCACGACCGGUUACAUGAGAAACUGGGGAAGAGACACCUUCAUUGCUCUCAGAGGGUUGCUCAUAUUAACAGGCCGAUACACCGAAGCAAGAUUCAUCAUUCUUGGUUACGCGGGAACUUUACGACAUGGUUUGAUUCCUAAUCUCCUUGACAAAGGAAAGAACGCCCGAUACAAUUGCCGGGAUGCUUUGUGGUGGUGGUUAUAUACAAUUCAGUGUUAUAUACAGGAAGUACCGAACGGUUUGAAAAUUUUAACCGAUAAAGUCUCCAGAUUGUUCCCAUCUGAUGAUUCGUCGGCAUUACCUGCAGGAGACGUAGAUCAACCAUUGCACGAUGUUAUCCAAGAAGCUCUCUUGGUGCACUUCCAAGGGCUCUGCUUCCGAGAAAGGAACGCUGGAAGACAAAUCGACGAACAUAUGACCGAUCGUGGUUUUAAUAAUCAAAUUGGAGUACAACCAGAGACUGGAUUUAUAUUUGGUGGCAAUGAAGCAAAUUGUGGCACAUGGAUGGACAAAAUGGGAUCCUCUGAAAAGGCCGGUAAUAAAGGAAAACCUGCCACACCAAGGGACGGUUCAGUUGUCGAAAUAGUGGGCCUCAGCAAGAGUAUUUUGAGCUUCUUGGCGGAACUGUACAAACAAAACCUUUUCCCCUAUGGCAGUGUACAACGGAAGAACCGCGAUGGGUCUGUUAUCACAUGGAGUUACAAACAAUGGGCAGACAAGAUUUCGUUGAAUUUCGAAAAAUACUUUUAUGUCAAUGAAACACCGGUUGAGAAUGAAUUAAAGCCAGAACUAAUCCAUCGUCGUGGAAUUUAUAAAGACAGUCACGGGGCAACUCAAGCAUGGGCGGAUUAUCAGUUGCGACCGAACUAUCCCAUUGCAAUGGUGGUUGCUCCAGAAUUAUUUAAUCCACAACACGCAUGGGCAGCAUUGAGAAAAGGGGAAGAAAUUUUGUUAGGGCCGCUUGGAAUGAAGACAUUAGAUCCUGCUGACUGGGCAUACGAUGGAUACUAUGAUAACUCUAACGACAGUGGAGACACUAAGUUAGCUCAUGGGUGGAAUUACCAUCAAGGCCCUGAAUGGCUUUGGCCUCUAGGGUAUUUCCUUCGGGCUCGACUAUACUUUGCUCCAUUAGUCGGUGGAAAAGAGGAAUUACUCCGUACCAUCGAAUCGACUGAAACUAUUAUUUCUCGACAUUUCAUAGAGGUUUCCACAAAUCAUUGGAGAGGUCUUCCUGAACUGACCAACAAAGAUGGCGAAUAUUGUAAGGACAGCUGCAGAACCCAGGCUUGGAGCGCUGCAACUAUACUAGAGGUUCUCUAUGAUUUAAAUAAAAUAAAAGGAGAGUUACGAUCCGAGGAGACCGAGAGAACGAAUUGAUACAAUUUUGCGUGUGU